AUGGUAGGGCUUAGAUCUGGAGCGAGAAAUGGCUCGCGAAAGCAGACGACUGAGACACCGAUGCCAGUACCCAUUGAGAUAAAUGAUUCAACGGAUGAUAAAGGACUUGAUGCCCGCAAGUUCAACUUCCAAGACUUGGCCACGGUUACACUGACUCAGACCUGCAGUGCGGUUGUAACGAGACCCAUAGCUGAGAAGUUGUCUGACCUAGAGAGUUUCACAAUCCCUUGCACAAUAGGCAACUUUGCAUUUGCUAAGGCACUGUGUGAUCUGGGAGCAAACAUAAACCUUAUGCCACUAACUAUCUACAAAAGGCUAGGCAUUGGAAGAGCUAGACCCACGUCUAUGCUACUACAACUGGCUGAUCGAACUGUGAAAAGCCCCUCCGCGAUUCUAGAUGAUGUAUUGGUGCAGGUUGGGAAGUUUGUGUUCCCAGCAGAUUUUGUCAUCCUUAAUUGUCGGGUUGACGAGGAAAUUCCCAUAAUUUUGGGAAAACCAUUCUUGGCCACUGGGAAAGCUCUAAUUUAUUGUGAAACUGGAGAGCUCAAAAUGAGAUUAAACGAUGAAGAUAUAACAUUCAACGUACAGAAAUCUAUGCGCAGACACAGUAAAUUUGCCGAUUACUCUCUAAUAGAUGCGGUGGAUGUAGUGUUGGAGGAGGACGAUGCAUCAUUGAACAUUAAAGACCCUCUAGAAGCUUGUCUCAUGAACUUAGAUGAAGCUAAUGGUGAAGACUUGGCAGAGUGGGUACUUGCUCUUGAAGGCCAAGGUUUUUGGAAAAGGAAGCUUGAAUUUGAGCCUUUGCACUUGGAUGAAAGAAAAACUCCUCCAGCUAAGCCAUCAAUAGAAGAUCCACCAAAGCUGGAAGUUAAGUCAUUGCCAUCUCAUCUUAGGGUAGCAUUUGAGGAAUUAAAGAAGAGACUGGUGACAACACCUAUUAUAGUUGCCCCCAACUGGGAGCAAUCGAGCUGA